GGGUCCUGAACAUGCAUGAUCACGUAGCGGCUUUGACUAAAGCAGCUCCACCAUUGCGGCCCGGAGCUCGCCGAUGGUCGUCGUUGCACAACGCCAAGUUAUCGCCCACGGCCGGCCAAGCCCCACCAUCAGGCCCUCCCAAGGCCGAUCCCGCAGGCACAGAGCCGGUGGCCGUUCGAGUCGUGUGCGCCGUGAGCCUUUGGGACCGCAGGAGAGACCGUGAUUAUUCCCUCUCUGUGACUUGAACAGUACCGACACCUCUAGACCACGAUACUUUGAGCACAGCAACAACCCUUCCUCUCACAGUAGUGCAUUGAAGCUACCAAGAAGACAGUAUGGACCAGAUCGAGUAUCGGCUGGAGGACGUCAAGGCGACGCGGAUAGCGUCCGAUGACAUUGACAAGACCUUCCGGUCGAGCACCAUCGGUGAGUGUGCUGGGCUUCACAGCCAAUUCUACCGUCCUUGACUAAAUCAAUAUCGAACAGAUCUCAUCUCGGGCACGCUCGGUGGUAAGAUCCUGGGCUUCUCCGAUGAGUGGUUCGCUGAGGCCGCGAACUUGGUGACUCCUACGCCACCUAUCCGGCAGCCAGGCAAGAUGGUUUACACUGGUGCCUGGUACGACGGCUGGGAGACAAGGAGGCACAAUUCCGAGCCAUUCGACUGGGUUGUGAUCCGUCUCGGUG